AUGGCCGGCGCUGGCGCUCCCAGAGUCUCGCGCGACGCCUCACAGACCGUCACCAUCGCGCCCGCAGAGGGCACGCCCCACACGGCGACCGUCAUCGGUCCCAUCCACGGACUGGGCGACACCAACAUGGGAUGGGCAGACGCGGCGAUGCACAUCCACUCCCAGCUGCCUCACGUCAAGUUUGUCCUGCCCAACGCUCCUGUCGUCCCGGUCACGCUCAACGGCGGCAUGGCCAUGCCGUCCUGGUACGACAUCACCUCCCUCGACGACCGCACAGUGCAGCCGUGCGCCGGGAUCGAGGAGUCGCGCGCCACGGUGACGGCGCUCAUCGAAGCGGAGGUCGCCGCGGGCCUAGCCCAUGACAGGAUAGUCGUGGGCGGCUUCUCGCAGGGCGGCGCGGUCUCGCUCUUCACGGGGCUGCAGUACCCGCACGCCCUUGGCGGCGUGCUCUGCAUGUCAGGUUACCUGGCCGCGCAGGAGAAGUUUGAGCUCUCGCCCGCCGCCGCCGCCACGCCGGUCGCCCACUUCCACGGCUCCGACGACCCGACGGUGCGCAUCGAGUGGGCGCGCCGCUCAGCCGAGCACCUCCGCGCCGCCGGGGUGAAGGAGUACGCGCUGAAGGAGUACGAGAGCCUCGGCCACUCGGCCAGCAUGGAGGAGAUCGCCGACGUCGUCGCAUGGCUGCAGACGCGCCUCCCCCCGCCGUAA